AGAGCUCACUUUCUUUUUUCACAUCUUUUGAAUUGGCAAAGCGAACAGGUCCAGUGGAGUCGGGGGCACAUCUGUCUUGUCUUUCUGUCUCUCUGCAAAUGCCAGGCAGCGCGGCCACCCCACUGAAACUAAAAUGACCCCUCGGACUCCACUGGCCACAGUAAAUGAGCGCAACGCUGAGGACCACACAUCUCAUGGAGAUGGACAGCAGGAAGUUUCCUCUCGAACUGGGCGCUCUGGAGCUUGCUGCAGGAACUCUGUAGCUUCCUGUGCAGAUGAGCAGCUACACGUUGGAAUUUACAAACUCCUUAAAACGAUUGGAAAGGAGAAUUUUGCAAAAGUAAAACUGGCACGGCACACCCUAACUGGCAGAGAGGUUGCCAUGAAAAUAAUUGACAAAACACAGCUGAACCCAACUAGUCUACAAAAGCUCUUUAGAGAAGUAAGAAUAAUAAUCUUAAAUAAUGCAAAUAUAGUGAAGCUCUUUGAAGUUACUGAAACUGAAAAAACUCUAUUUAAUAAUGGAAUAUGCAAGUGGGGGGAAGUUUUUGACUGUAUGGUUGCACAUGGAAGAAUGAAGGAAAAGGAGGCUAGAGCUAAAUUUAGACAGAUAGUAUCUGCAGUGCAGUAUUGCCAUCAAAAACAUCUCGAGAGAUCUCAGGGCUGAUUUUUUUUAAUUUUUUUUUUAUUGCUAGAUGCAGAUACAAACACUGAAAUAGCUGGCU